GUGUGUUUGUUGCUCCUACUAGGCAGGGUCCUGUCUACACAUUGGACUGAGUCAGUGUUAGGAGGACAUUCAGUCAUGUCUGAGGUGCGGGGUGGUGUUCUGCUGCUGCUGUUGGGCCUUCUGUACCUCGGGACACUUUGGCCGGUCCAGGGAGCCCUGCUGGUCUCUCGCUACGAUGCUACGACGAAGGAGACAAGAGGUGCCAUCAGGUCCAUUCAGAAAAGAAGUGUAGACGAUGCAAAGAUGGUGGAGGUGCUCAGUGUCACGGUACACUGUACGGUGGCUUCUCGGUUCGCUCACACAGUCAUGACCUCCAGUGCUUUGAACAAAGCCAACUCCUCCCAGGAAAUAUUAUUCGAGGUGGACCUGCCCAAGACGGCCUUCAUCACCAACUUCAGCAUGGAGAUUGAGGGUCAGAUCUAUGUUGGGGUUGUGAAUGAAAAGGAGCAAGCCAAGAAACAGUAUGAGAAGGCUGUUUCAAGUGGACGGACAGCUGGACUGGUCAAAGCUUCUGGAAGGAAAAUGGAGAAGUUCUCUGUGUCUGUCAACAUUGCAGCCAAGAGCAAUGUGACCUUCAUCCUGACCUAUGAGGAGCUUCUUCAGAGGAAAUUUGGCAAGUAUGAGAUCCUGACCCGAAUAAACCCUAAACAGCUGGUCGAGAACUUUCAGAUUGUGGCUGAUAUCUAUGAGCCCCAGGGCAUUGCCUUUGUGGAUGCCCAUGCAACCUUCCUUUCCAAUGAACUUCUCCCCCUGGUGGAGAAAACGGUCACAGACAACAAGGCACACAUCUCCUUCUCGCCCACGCUGGAUCAGCAGAGGAAGUGUCCAGAGUGUGAUGGGUCUCUGAUCAAUGGGGAUUUCAUCAUCAAGUAUGACGUGAAACGAGCGUCCAGCCUCGGAGACAUUCAGAUCGUGAACGGAUACUUUGUGCAUUUCUUUGCUCCACCGGAUCUUCCCCGUAUCCGAAAGAAUGUGGUGUUUGUCAUCGACAGGAGUGCGUCAAUGAGAGGCCCUAAGAUGAUCCAGACCCGCGUGGCAAUGGAAUCAAUUCUCUCAGACGUCCAUCCAGAGGACUACUUUGGUAUCAUCAUAUUUGAUAGCUCAAUUCAUUUCUGGAAAGAAUCCCUUACCAAAGCAACAGAGGAAAACGUGGAUGAAGCCAUUAAAUAUGUCCGGCAAAUACAACAUAUGGGAUCCACUAACAUCAAUGAUGCCGUAAUGAAGGCCAUCCACAUGCUGCAAGAUAACAGAAGGAACAAGAAGCUCCCAGAGAGAAGUGUGGACAUGAUCAUUUUGCUAACCGAUGGAAUGCCAAAUGCGGGUGAAAGCAACCUUCAAAGGCUCCAGCAGAACGUGUGCGAAGCCAUCGGUGGUAAUAUGACUCUGUUCUGCCUGGGCUUUGGGGAUGAUGUGGAUUACUCCUUCCUGGACGUGAUGGCCAAACAGAACAAUGGCGUGGCCCGCAGGAUCUACGAAGCCUCCGACGCUACCCUUCAGCUGCAGGGUUUCUACGAUGAGGUGGCUAGCCCGCUGUUGUCAGCAGUGGACCUGCGUUACCCUGACAACGCGGUGGAUUCCUUAACCCCUCAUCACUUCAGUCAGUUGUUCAAUGGCUCAGAGAUCGUGGUGGCCGGGCGGCUGUCUGAAAAUGACAUGGACAACUUCCUGGUGGAAGUGUUUGCCAAUGGGUUCGAGCAGGACUUCCAGGUGCAGGGCGAGGCUAGUGUCACCGACUGGGACGUGAUCUAUCCAGAGAAAGAUUACAUCUUUGGGGACUUCACUGAGCGCCUGUGGGCCUACCUCACCAUCCAACAACUACUGGAGACCAGUAAGAGUGGGCCAGCAGAGAAGAAGAGCAACGCCACGGCCAAAGCCCUGGAGAUGUCCCUGAAGUACAGCUUUGUCACGCCCCUCACCUCCAUGGUGGUCACCAAGCCAGAGACCGAGGAUGGUCCCAGCGGGCCCCUCAUAGCAGACAAGCUGACUGAGGUGGAUGGAGAUCCUCAUUUCAUGAUCGAACUGCCAGAGAGAGAGGACGCUCUGUGCUUCAACAUCAAUGACUCACCUGGAACCAUCUUUAACCUGGUCAAAGACCCCUCCAUAGGACUUUUGGUCAAUGGUCAGACCAUUGGGGAUAAGAUGGUUGCCCCUGAUGGUAAAGUCAACACCUACUUUGGCCGCCUUGGUGUUGUCCAUCACACCCUAGGGGUGAGGCUGGAGGUGACCACUGAGUACAUCACUCUGUCCCAGGAUGGACAAAAGGUCAAGCUGCUGUGGUCAGAUCAAGCUUCCCUAAAAGGACCCAGUGUGGAUCUGCUUUUGACCACGGACCGGAGCGUCAAGGUGACUUUAAGAGAUUCUGUAAAGUUUGUGAUCCUGCUCCAUAAAGUGUGGAAGAUGCACCCCUACCACCAGGACUACCUGGGAUUCUACACUCUGGACAGCCACCUUCUCUCUCCAUCCGUCCAUGGUCUGCUAGGUCAGUUCUACCAUGGGAUUGAGUUUGAAGUUGGAGAUCUACGUCCAGGAGAGGUUCCGGAGAAACCAGACGCCACCAUGUAUGUCAAAGGACAUCAGCUCAAUGUGACCAGAGGUUGGCAACGGGACUUCAGGAAGGAUUUGAAGAAAGGAGAAAAUGUGCCAUGCUGGUUCAUCCACAGUAAUGGAACAGGGCUCAUUGAUGGCAGUGCUGAAGAUUACAUCGUGUCAGGCCUCUUUAACACUGUUUGACAAGUAUAAGACAAGGUCACCCAUACUGGAGCAGCUACCAACCUGCAGCGAUUUUAACCCCACACCAUGUCGGUGUCGUAAUAUUAAUUUGUCAAAGAAUGAGACCCUUGAUGGGAAUUCCAAUGCUAUCAAAUUUAAAAAGAUAAUUUUUGAAAUUAUUAAAAAAAUAAUAAUAAUUGCAACCCAAAAAAAA